AGUCGCUUGUCGGUACAUGUCUGUGUUCGACCAAGUUCUGUUUAUUCAAGUCCCGUCGGUCUGAAAACAUGACGGACAUUUUGUUAAGAAUAAAAAAGAACGUAGCAGAGAAAAAGAAGACGUGUGUUACUCAGUGCGACUUACAGAAGUGUGGUUUAAGAGGGAUCCAGCUGAGACCCUACCAGCUGGUCGGUGUGCAGUGGUUAACUCAGUGUCUGAAGAACCAGCAGGGAUGCAUCUUAGGAGAUGAGAUGGGUUUAGGUAAAACCUGUCAGACGAUCUCUCUGCUGGUGUACAUGUCAGGAGCUCUGGGGAAGAAAGGUCCGUUUUUAGUUCUGAGUCCACUCUCUGUCAUGGAGAACUGGAGAAAGGAGUUGGAAUGCUUUUCUCCGUCUCUGACUGUGCUGUGUUACAAGGGAGACAAAGAGAGGCGUGCUGAGAUUCAGAGAGGAACAGACAUACAGGACUUCCAUGUUCUUCUCACCACAUAUGAGCUCUGUCUCAAAGACGCCUCAUUUUUGCGACGGUGGAAGUGGAAGGUGCUUGUAGUGGACGAGGCUCACCGUCUGAAGAAUCAGAACUCACUAUUACACAAGACCUUGACAGAGUUUUCAGUGGGGUUCAGAGUUCUGCUGACGGGAACGCCCAUCCAGAACCACCUGCAGGAGCUCUACUCCCUGCUGAGCUUCAUUCAGCCCAGCAUCUUCACCGCUGACGAGACGGACGACUUUGUUAACUCUUACUCAAAUGUACAGAAGCAGCCUGCUCUUGCUGCUGAGCUGCAGAGUGUCCUGGAGCCAUUCCUUCUGCGGAGAGUCAAGUCAGAGGUGGCUGUAGAUCUGCCCAAGAAGACGGAGCUGGUGGUCUAUCACGGCAUGUCGACUCUCCAGAAGACAUACUACAAAGCCAUUCUGACGAAGGAUCUAGAGGCUUUUGGAAAUGAACAAGGCAUCAAGACACGGCUGCUGAACAUCUUGAUGAACCUGAGAAAGUGUGUCGACCAUCCGUACCUGUUUGAUGGGGUGGAACCGGAGCCGUUUGAGAUGGGGGAGCAUCUCAUUGAAGCUAGUGGGAAACUUUGCCUUCUGGACAGCAUGCUAGCCUACCUACACAAAGAGGGCCAUCGGAUCCUGCUGUUCUCUCAGAUGACGAGGAUGCUGGACAUUCUUCAAGAUUACAUGGAGUACAGAGGUUAUAGCUACGAACGUCUGGAUGGGUCUGUCCGAGGAGAAGAACGAAAUCUAGCAGUGAAGAACUUCAGCAGCAAAGAUAUAUUUGUCUUUCUCCUAAGCACUAAAGCAGGGGGAGUGGGCCUGAACCUUACAGCUGCUGACACAGUCAUUUUUAUGGAUAGUGACUUCAACCCUCAAAAUGACCUGCAGGCUGCCGCACGCUGCCAUCGGAUUGGUCAGAACAGGCCGGUGAAAGUGAUUCGCCUUCUGGCAAGAGACACUGUGGAGGAAAUCAUGUACUCUCGCGCCGUGUCCAAGUUGCACCUCACCAACACUGUUAUUGAAGAAGGUCGCUUCUCUUUACUGGACCAAGCUCAGUCAGCUGCUGCAGGACUGCAGCUCAGUGAGAUCUUGAAGUUUGGGGUAGAUAAGCUCUUGUCAUCAGAAGAGAGCUCCAUACAGGAUGUGAAACUAGAAAAGAUCCUUGGUCUGUCACGUGAUGGUCAGUGGGUGGAUGAUGAAGACUCACUCAGAGAAGAAGAAGAGGAGGAGGAGGAGGAGGAGAAGAACGGCUCUGGGUCUGACGGGCAGAACCACAUGUAUUACUUUGAGGGGAAAGACUACAGUAAGAACCCCAGCUCUGAUGACCACAACAGCUUUGAUCGUCUGUUGGAGGAGCAGCUGGCCGAGUUUCAGAAAGCCGCAGGAGACGGACGAGCUCUGCGACACAAAGCUGGAGUUUCACUGUCAGCAGCUCUUGGUAUUCCAACAAGGAAGAGGAAACCUCUUACUGAGGCCGAGCUGGAGCUGAGGCGACAGAGGAGGGAGGAGGCCGCAGCCAAGCGAGCCAAAAUUCAGGAGGAUGUGAAGAAGAAACAGCAGGAACAGAAAUACAAGAAAAAAAUGGCAUGGUGGGAGUCAUGCAGCUACAGGUCACUGUGCCUGCAGUCUGUGGACAGUGAAGAAGAGGAAGAGGAGGACGAGGAUGAGGGAAGCGUAUGCUCCACAGACUCUGACAGCACAGCUAUCCACUAUGUUCUGGGGGAUGUUACUCAUCCACACGCUGCUCAGGGAGACACUGUCAUCGUCCACUGUGUUGAUGACUCAGGUCGGUGGGGCAGGGGAGGCCUGUUUACUGCUCUGGAGGUGAGAUCAGAUGAACCACGGAAGAAGUAUGAGUUGGCUGGCAAGAUGAAAGAUUUGGACCUUGGAAAUGUGCUGCUCUUCCCCAUUGAUGACAAACAGUCCAGACUAGACGGCCAGGAUCGAUUGGCCCUGAUAGUGGCACAGCAAAGAGACAAAGCCAACAACCUGUCUGGGAUCCUUCUCACUGCUCUGGAUGAAGGGCUGAAGAAGGUUUAUGCUGCAGCCAAAAGACAUAAGGCAAGUGUUCAUCUUCCUCGCAUCGGUCACUCCACCAAAGGCUUCAACUGGUAUGGCACAGAGCGGCUCAUCAGGAAGCACUUGGCCUCCAGAGGCAUCCCCACAUUCAUAUACUAUCACAGCAGAGCUGCCAAGAAUACAGCCACAGCACCGACUUCCAUUUCAGCGUCAACAUCCUCCCCUGAACCACAGUUGCAUAACUCCGACAGGCUGACUGGUGAGACAGGAGCAGAGACGCCGGGCCCCUCGGCUCCUCUGCAGAGCUGCGGACCCACAGGGCUCCCCAGCUUCAUGAAGGGAGUCCAUGUGUUUUUCUACAACCUCCCUGCAUCAGAGAGGAAGAGGCUGGCCCGCUACCUCAUCACUUAUGAUGGAGAUGAGGAGGAUAUGAUGAGCCUGGAGGUCACCCACAUAGUCGCAGAGGUGGAGAACAGCAUCCACUCACAGGAGCUCCAGGACCUGGUGCGUCAGUACUCUCAGGCUGUCCCUGUGCAGAAGACCUGGCUGGAGUCCUGCUUCUCCAAACAACGAAAAGUCAACACUGCUCAGUUCAUGCACCACCUCAGAUAACACUAUGAUCCUGAUCCGUAGUUUUCAUCUCAGUCCCUACAUGAUGCUUUGGUUUAAAGCCCUAAUCAACUCAGCUGUCUGCUUUAAACAGAUGAAUGUCAUGUCAUUUCAAAACAAGUUAUAAUGAUUGAUUUACAA